AAUUUAUUGAAACAAGUUAAAAAUUGAAGCGGACUUUCAAAAGCACAACGAAGUCAGAAUAAAAAUAUGAAUUUCAGUGGAACAAUCCUUGUAAUCAUGGCUAUUUUAAAAUACUAUUGCAUAACUGCGAAUGAGGAACUGGCACUUCGCGUCAAUAAAUCUUAUGAUGAUUGCUUUAAAGAACUGAAUAUAAAUAAUAAGGAUAAAAAAGAUUUUUUGGAUGGAAAUUUCGAUAAGAUGUCAGAAUCUGGUAAAUGUUUUGUUGACUGUUUUGCCAAAAGAAUGGAUAUUAUAACGAAUACCGGUAUCAAUUUUACAAAACUUGUUGAAUUUUAUGAGUAUUUAUGGAGACUCAAACCAGAAGAUUUGAAUAAAUUAGACUCUAUUGUAAAUAAUUGCAUACCAACGUCUUACAAUGGAAAAACAGAUUGUGAAAAAGCAUUAAAUGCAUAUGUUUGCUUACGCAAAGGUGCGAUAGAAAAUUUAAAACAUUAAUUUUUUUUUCAUUUAAGCAUUUAUAAUAAAUAUAUAUGAUUUUGUGGAUGCAAAUAAAAUAAAAAAAAAUUUAU